UUUAUGGUCAUGGGGGAUUCCUGAGAGUCCAUGAGACUGACGCGGACCCUGCUCGAACCUCUGACUCACUUGGACCCCAGACCCGGUUCUGUUCCGUUUGGACCCGCAACAGAACUUUGUGGCACCCUGAAGCUGCAGGAGUCCCGACCCGAACCCACCGAGUCCGGACCCGCUCCUCCCUCCCUCUGCUUGGACCUGUCCACGGCUCCGGUUCGGUUCGGUUCUGUGGGACCAUGAUGAUGGGCAGCUUCCUGGAGCCCCCCCAGCAGCAGGUCCCUCCUGAGUUCGGGCCCGGUUCGGAGGAGGAGGACCUGCCGUGCACAGAGAAGGACCUGGCGGAGGACGCGCCCUGGAAGAAGAUCCAGCAGAACACCUUCACCAGGUGGUGCAACGAGCACCUCAAGGUCCUGCACAAGAAGAUCCACGACCUGCAGCGGGACCUGAGCGACGGCCUGAAGCUCGUGGGCCUGCUGGAGGUUCUGAGCCAGAAGAACAUGUACCGGAAGUACCACGCCAGGCCCAACUUCCGGCAGAUGAAGCUGGAGAACGUGUCCGUGGCGCUGGAGUUCCUGGAGAGGGAGCACAUCCGGCUGGUGUCCAUCGACUCAAAGGCCAUCGUGGACGGGAACCUGAAGCUGAUCCUGGGUCUGAUCUGGACCCUGAUCUUACACUACUCCAUCUCCAUGCCCAUGUGGGAGGACGAGGACGAUGAGGACGCCAAGAAACUGACCCCCAAACAGCGUCUGCUAGGCUGGAUUCAGAACAAGGUCCCCCAGCUGCCCAUCACCAACUUCCACCGGGACUGGAGGGACGGGAAGGCCCUAGGAGCCCUGGUGGACAACUGUGCCCCCGGUCUGUGUCCGGACUGGGAAACCUGGGAUCCCAGUCAGCCAGUGGAGAACGCUCGUGAGGCCAUGCAGCAGGCAGAUGAUUGGCUGGGAGUCCCGCAGGUGAUCGCUCCGGAGGAGAUUGUGGACCCGAACGUGGACGAGCACUCUGUCAUGACGUACCUGUCUCAGUUCCCCAAAGCCAAGCUGAAACCUGGAGCCCCCCUCCGGGCCAGAACCCUGCACCCCAAUAGGGCUAAAGCCUUCGGACCAGGUAUCGAGCCCAGAGGUAACAUGGUUCUGAAACCAGCAGAGUUCCUGGUGGAGACAGUGGAGGCUGGAUUGGGGGAGGUCCUGGCUUAUGUGGAGGACCCUGAGGGACACACAGAGGAGGCCCGAGUGAUCCCCAGCAAUGACAAGAACCGGACCUACGCUGUGGUCUACCUGCCCAAAGUGGAGGGUCUACAUAAGGUGAAGGUUCUGUUUGCCGGGCAGGACAUCGACAGAAGCCCCUUCAUGGUACAUGUGUCCAAGGCCAUGGGAGACCCGAGCAGAGUUCAGGCCCGCGGACCAGGACUUCAGUCAUCGGGGAACGUGGCCAACAAACCCACGUACUUUGACAUUUAUACUGCAGGGGCGGGUUCUGGAGAUGUGGGUGUCAUAAUCGUGGACUCAAACGACCGGAGGGACACGGUGGAGAUCGUCCUGGAGGACAGAGGUGACAGUAUCUUCCGGUGCACCUAUGUUCCGGUCCUGGAGGGUCCCCACACCGUCUACGUGACCUUUGCAGGGCAGCAGAUUCCCAGAAGCCCUUUCACCGUCCACAUCUCUGAAGUUCCACAGAGCACCCCUGUUCCCGGCUCUUUGGUGCAGGUUGUACCUCAGUCCAUACGCACCUCCCCCUCAGACAAGGCAAGGAGAGCCCCCCCACCAACUCCUCCAAAACCAAGGCGACCAACCUGUAACCCAAACGCCUGCCGGGCCCUGGGCCGAGGUCUGCAGCAGAAGGGCCUGAGGGUGAAGGAGGUGGCAGACUUCAAAGUUUACACCAAAGGAGGCGGCAGCGGGGAGCUGAGAGUCAGCGUGAAGGGACCGAAGGGCGUGGAGGAGCCAGUGAAGGUGCUGGAGAUGGAAAAUGGAGUGUUUGAGUGUAAUUAUUACCCCGUCACAACAGGAAAGUACAUCAUAUCCAUUACCUGGGGAGGACAUGGCAUCCCACGCAGCCCAUUUGAAGUCCAUGUAAUCGAGGAGGCCGGGCCUCAGAAGGUCAGGGCCUGGGGUCCAGGUCUAGAGACCGGUAUGGUGGGGAAGAGCGCCGACUUUGUGGUGGAAGCCAUUGGCACAGAAGUGGGAACUCUUGGCUUCUCCAUUGAGGGCCCCUCCCAGGCUAAGAUCGAGUGUGAUGACAAAGGCGACGGGUCAUGUGAUGUCCGGUACUGGCCGACUGAACCGGGCGACUAUGCCAUCCACGUCAUAUGUGAUGAUGAGGACAUCAAGGACAGCCCCUUCAUGGCUCACGUCCUCCCUGUUGCCAACGACAGGUUUCCUGAGAAGGUGAAAUGUUACGGACCUGGUCUGGAGCCUCUGGGCUGCAUCGUCAACAAACCCGCUGACUUCACCAUUGAUACCAGUGGAGCUGGCAGAGGAGAGCUGAACAUUUACGCUCAGGAUGCAGAUGGUUUCCCCAUCGACAUCCAGAUCACAGAUAAUGGAGACUGCAGCUACUUCUGUGUUUACAUCCCUACGAAACCCAUCAAACACACCCUCAUCAUCACCUGGGGUGAAGUCAACGUCCCCGACAGCCCCUUCAGGGUGAUCAUCGGAGAGGGUAGCCAUCCAGAGAACGUGAAGGUUUACGGUCCAGGUGUUGAGAAGAUGGGACUGAAGGCCAACGAGCCCACGUACUUCACUGUGGACUGCAGCGAGGCCGGACAAGGUGAUGUCAGCAUCGGGAUCAAGUGUGCUCCAGGUGUGGUCGGACCAGCGGAGGCUGACAUCGACUUUGACAUCAUCAAGAAUGACAACGACACGUUCACAGUGAAGUACAUGCCUCCAGGUCCGGGUCAGUACACCAUCAUGGUGCUGUUUGCCGACCAGGAAAUUCCCAUCAGCCCUUUCAGAAUAAAGGUGGAUCCCUCCCAUGAUGCAGCUAAAGUCAGAGCGGAGGGACCUGGACUCAACCGGGCAGGUGUGGAGGUGGGAAAACCCACUCACUUCAACAUUUACACAAAGGGAGCUGGAAAAGCCAAACCUGAGGUCCAUUUCAUCGGAGCAGCAAAAGGCGAGGCUGUUCAAGACUUUGAGAUCAUCGACAACCACGACUACUCGUACACGGUCCGCUACACCGCCGUGCAGCAGGGGAACAUGUCCAUCACUGUGUGCCAUGGAGGAGACCCCAUCCCUAAAAGUCCGUUCAGCAUCACUGUGGCCCCCUCACUGGACCUCAGUAAGGUCACCGUUCAGGGACUGAACAACAAGGUGGAUGUGGGGAAGGACCAGGAGUUCUUUGUCAGUGUUGGAGGGGCUGGAGGUCAGGGAGAACUGGAUGUAAAGAUCCUGUCUCCAUCACUCCGUCCAAUCGCCUGCAACCUGGAGCUGGACACAGCCAGUGAGGUUCACACGGUGAAGUACGUUCCCCACGAGGAAGGACCGAUCAGAGUGGACAUCAGCUAUGACAGAAACCCAGUCCCAGGAAGUCCAUUUACCGUGGAGGGCAUCAUGCCCCCUGACCCCUCAAAGGUCCAAGCCUAUGGUCCUGGUCUUCAGGGUGGUUUAGUGGGGAAAAUGGCCCCCUUUGCCAUUGACACUAAAGGGGCUGGAACUGGUGGACUGGGCCUGACAGUAGAAGGUCCUUGUGAGGCCAAAAUCGAAUGCCAGGACAAUGGCGAUGGAUCUUGUUCUGUGUCCUAUCUGCCCACCGAGCCCGGUGAGUACGCCAUUAACAUCCUGUUUGCAGAUCAGCAUAUCCCCGGGUCCCCCUUCAAGGCUGUGGUCCAGUCCAUGUUCGACUCCAGCAAGGUGAUGGCCAGUGGACCCGGCUUGGAGCGAGCACAGGUCAACGAGACUGGGUCUUUCGUGGUGGACUGCUCCAAGGCUGGCGAGGCUGAGCUCACCAUCGAGAUCAUCUCAGAGAUGGGAACCAAAGCUGAAGUUCACGUUCAGGACAACAGCGACGGGACCUACUCUAUCACCUACAUCCCCCAGAGCCAUGGCAUGUACACCAUCACCAUCAAAUACGGGGGUCACACUGUGCCCAAGUUCCCCACCCGCCUGCAGGUGGACCCAGCUGUGGACACCAGUGGGGUGAAGGUGUAUGGACCAGGAGUGGAACCAAGAGGAGUCCUGAGGGAAGUAACGACCCACUUCAUCGUUGAUGCUCGAGCUCUCUACAAGAAUGGAGGGAGCCACCUUAAAGUGGACAUAUCCAACCCGUCAGGCGCCAACACCAACACCUUCAUCACAGAUAAGGCCGACGGGACGUACAGGGUGGAGUACACCCCCCAUGAGGAUGGUUUGCACCUGAUUCAAGUGUUCAUCGAUGAGGUCUCGGUCCCAAAGAGCCCCUUCAGGGUGUCAGUCACUGAGGGCUGUGACCCCAGUCGAGUCCGGGCUUUCGGUCCAGGUCUGGAGGAAGGACUGGUGAAUAAAACAAACCGCUUCACUGUUGAGACCAGGAGUGCAGGGACUGGGGGACUGGGUCUGGCCAUUGAGGGUCCAUCAGAAGCAAAAAUGUCCUGUAAAGAUAACAAAGAUGGCAGCUGCAGUGUGGAGUACAUCCCGUUCACUCCUGGAGAGUAUGAUGUCAACGUCACCUUCGGAGGGCUUCCUAUCCCAGGAAGUCCAUUUCGUGUCCCAGUGCAAGAGCUGGUCGAUCCCAGUAAGGUCCGAUGUUCAGGUCCUGGUCUUGGGAGUGGAGUCCGAGCUCACGUUCCUCAGACCUUCACUGUAGACAGUAGCAAGGCUGGGGUGGCUCCCCUGGAGGUCCAGCUCUACGGGCCAACAGGUGUGGCCGAGCCCGUCAGUAUCACCAACAACGGGGACGGCACUCACACGGUGAGCUACACUCCUGCCAACGAUGGCCCGUACAUGGUGUGUGUGAGAUACGCUGACCAGGAGGUCCCUCGCAGUCCUUUUAAGAUCAAAACCUUACCGGCUCACGACGCCAGUAAGGUUCGAGCCAGCGGUCCGGGCCUGAACACGUCCGGAGUCCCAGCCAGUCUGCCGGUGGAGUUCACCAUUGAUGCCAGGGAUGCAGGGGAGGGACUUCUCAGCGUUCAAAUCCUGGACCCGGAGGGAAAGCCCAAGAAGGCGAACAUCCGGGACAACAGGGACGGGACGUACACGGUGUCCUACAUCCCAGACGUCACGGGUCGGUACACCAUCACCAUUAAGUACGGAGGAGAUGAGAUCCCAUACUCACCGUACCGGAUCCACGCCGUGCCCACAGGAGACGCCAGCAAGUGUCUGGUUACAGUGUCCAUUGGAGGACAUGGACUCGGUUCUGGACUUGGCCCAACCAUCCAGAUCGGAAAGGAGACGAUCAUCACGGUGGAUGCAAAGGCUGCUGGGAAAGGAAAAGUAACCUGCAAGGUGUCGACACCGGACGGCGCAGAGCUGGACGUGGACGUGGUGGAGAACUCAGACGGGACGUUUGAUAUUUAUUACACGGCUCCAGAACCCGGGCAGUACAUCAUCACCAUCCGCUUUGGGGGCGAGCACAUCCCCAACAGCCCCUUCCACGUGGUGGCCACAAAUGAUGUGCUCAGUCAGAUGAAUGGGAUGGAGCCGGCUCUGCGUCCCUUCAGUCUGGUCAUUCCCUUCACCGUGCAGACAGGAGAGGUUUCAGGAAGUCCGUUCACUGUGAAGAUCUUUGGUGAGGGUCGAAUGAAGGAGAGCAUCACCAGGAAACGUCAGGCCCCGUCCAUCGCCACAGUGGGCAGCACCUGCGACCUCAACCUGAAGAUCCCAGGAAACUGGUUUCAGAUGGUUUCGGCUCAGGAACGUCUGACUCGGACCUUCACUCGCAGCAGCCACACGUACACUCGGACUGAGCGCACAGAGAUCAGCAAAACUCGAGCUGGAGAGACCAAGAGAGAGGUGCGGGUGGAGGAGAGCACGCAGGUUGGAGGAACUCCCUUCAGGGACGUGUUUGGAGAUUUUCUGGGACGAGAGAAUCUGAGCGGGUUCAGUGGACUGCCGGCACCGCCGCCGCCACCGCAGGACGGUGAAGCAGGUAACCAGGAGAUGACAGCUCAGGUGACAAGUCCCGGAGGGAAGACGGAGGACGCAGAGAUCCUUAAAGGAGAGGACAGCACGUACAGCGUUCGCUUCAUCCCCAAGGAGAUGGGACCUCACAUCGUCAGUGUUAAAUACCGGGGCCAGCACGUCCCUGGGAGCCCCUUCCAGUUCACCGUGGGGCCCCUGGGGGAGGGAGGGGCCCAUAAGGUUCGAGCAGGUGGAACCGGACUGGACCGUGGAGUGGCAGCGGUCCCUGCUGAGUUCAGCAUCUGGACCAGAGAAGCUGGAGCUGGUGGUUUGUCCAUCGCUGUUGAAGGACCCAGCAAGGCCGAGAUCACCUUUGAAGACCGAAAGGAUGGUUCCUGUGGAGUCACCUAUGUGGUGCAGGAGCCUGGUGAUUAUGAGGUUUCCAUUAAGUUCAACGAAGAACACAUCCCCGACUCUCCGUUCAUUGUCCCCAUCGCCAGUCAGUCUGAUGACGCUCGCCGCCUCACCAUCACCAGCCUGCAGGAAAUGGUUCUGAAGGUGGGUCAGGAAGCCUCCUUCGCUGUGCAGCUGAACGGGGCCAGAGGCCUGAUUGAUGCAAAGAUCCACACCCCAUCAGGAGCCACCAAGGAGUGUCACGUCACUGAACUGGACAGUGCAGAUCAGUUUGCCGUCAGAUUUGUCCCAAAGGAGAAUGGUGUUCAUUCCAUAGACGUUCGCUUCAACAGCAGCCAUGUUCCCGGCAGCCCCUUCAAGAUCCGAGUAGGAGAACCAGGCCAGGUUGGAGAUCCUGGGCUUGUGUCUGCCUUUGGACCAGGGUUGGAAGGAGGAACCACAGGUAUAGCAUCUGAGUUUAUCGUCAACACGUGCAACGCUGGAACCGGAGCGCUGUCCGUCACCAUCGAUGGACCGUCCAAAGUCAAGAUGGACUGUCAGGAGUGUUCUGAAGGCUACAAGGUCUCCUACACACCCAUGGCUCCUGGGAGCUACCUGAUCUCCAUCAAAUAUGGAGGACCCCAGCACAUUGUUGGCAGCCCCUUCAAAGCCAGAGUCUCAGGACCUCAUCUGUCUGGAGGUCACAACCUGCAUGAGACGUCGUCUGUUCUCGUAGAAUCUAUCGCCAAUAAAGCUGCAGUGGGUGGAGCUUUUGCAGUGGGCGGGGCUUUUUGCUCACUACCUAAAUUCACUUCGGACAUCAGUAAGGUGACCUCCUGCGGCGCUGGUCUCUCCAAAGCCUUCAUCGGUCAGAAGAACGCGUUCACAGUCGACUGCAGCCAAGCAGGAACCAACAUGUUGAUGGUUGGGGUCCACGGGCCCAGAGCACCCUGUGAGGAGGUCUACGUGAAGCACAUGGGGAACAGGAUGUACAACGUGACGUACACGGUGAAGGAACAGGGCAGCUACAUCCUCAUCGUGAAGUGGGGCGAUGAGAACAUCCCUGGGAGUCCAUUCCUUGUCAUGGUUCCUUAACCACCACCAGCCCACACACACCGCAGCUCAUCCUCCUCCAGUCACUCAAGACGUCGCGCUUCCUGUGUCCCAGGGACCCAUCUGUCUCCUUCGUUUGAAUCUUUUGCUUCAGUGACCUUCUUUACUUCACACCAAGCUCGUGUCUCAGAACAAUAAAGCACAGAAGAACCCUGCAGGACUUCCUGCAGAACCUUGCUGGUCUGUUUCAGGGACCCGUGUUCUCCUGCUGGGGAUCACUGGACGCGUCAGACGGACCUGGACUGUCGCCAGCUCCUCAGGUUCCAGAUGACAAAUGAAAAGCCCUCUUAGGUUUUAACGUCUUUUCUGCAGAACGUAAAGAACCAGCCACAGGGUUCUCUGCUUUUUGAGAUGAGCAGAACAACCGGUGCAGAAAUAUUACCCCCCCCCCCCCCGUUACUGUUUCAACCCACCCAAACAUUUUGUUCUCUUCAAGCUUGUUGUUUACAUCCUGAACACCCAGAACUGUUCUGUGUUUCUUUGGUGGAACCUUCUGCAGGCAGAGAACUCACCACGAAGCUCUUUGGGUAAAACUAAACGUCUUCCUGCGUCCACACAUCGCAAACAUCUACACCAGAGGAGGAACAAGGUAAUCUGAGACCUUCAACGUUCUGGCCCAUGAAAAGACUGUAUGGUAAUCCAGAAAACGUGAGCAGAACGUGCACGUUCCAGACACGCUCCAGGUCAACUUGGACCUCCUCCAAAUGGUUCUUUUGCAGCUUUGGUUCCUUUGUAUCCAGACCUUCUGGGUACAAAACCAGCUGGAGCCACCUGAUGGAGCUGAGAUCAGGGUUUUCAGGGACUCUUGACAGCUGAAGGUUCUUGGGUUCCUGAUGUUUGGACUGGAUCGUGUUUGUAGAACUUUGGUUAACGUUCUGAUCAGAGAACAUUUUUCUGACAAGUUUUUCUUCCGAAUGUGGAGAACAGUUCUUCUUGAACAUGUCUGAAGGUUCUCGUGUUCUUCACUCAGAAGAUGUUCUGCGGAGCUGUGACUUCAGGUUCUUCUCUCAGUGACAGAAAGCCUGCAGAGGUUCGGUUCUGACACCAGGAGCAGAACCUGCUGAGGGGUGCAGGCUCAAUCACACUUCAUGUGGAACCACAUGGUUCUUCUUUUCUCCUCUGGAUGUUGAAGAGAACCAGAAAGUUGCAGCGUUUCUGAAUAAAAACGUGACCGCAGAGAUGAUCCGUACGUCCUGGUAUCAUCCAACCCCUGAAAACAUCCAGAAACCAUCAACGCAUCCAGAAGAAACCCUGUCAAAACUGGUACAGAUGUCCGUCCGUCCAUUAGCGUCCAUCUUUACCACUUUCUUCCUUUUUGGGUCACGGGGGUCACUGGUGUCCAUGUCCAACAGUCAC